AGAAGUAGAGAAGGGUUUCAUAACUCAUGUUCGAGAGUGAGAGAUCGCCCGCUGUGACUUUGGAGUCUCCAACACGGAAGAAAAUCACUCCAUCUAUUUCCUCGAAACUACAAUACCGAUCUGAGUGAUUUCGAGGCUUUCCGAUCCCCAAAAGAAGAAAAUCGAGAGACCCAUUUGGGAUUUCGGGCCGUGGAGUCGUUGGAUGCUUCAUGAUCUGCCCGACUGUCUCUCCUUCCAACGAAAUCAAUCAAAGUCUCUGAGGUAGCAUGUGCAGCUCAUCAAUUGCCAUCACCUGCAGUUCGCCAUGUGGUUAAAAAUGAAAAAAUUUGUUGACUUUGUUCACAUACCGUUUCCCUGAUAUUUUAUGUGAACAAUGGGUAACUGAUGUUUUGAUAUUUACACUACCGUCAAAACUAUUGGAUCAGAUAUUAAAGUUUUUUCUCACGGAGGUCGGAGCUGCAGCCAAAUGGGAGCUAGCCGAAUAGCAGCAAUCGUUUCUGCUGCAGUGAGUCGUAUUACGCAUCCACAUUCUUCAACUGGACCAUCAGUUUCACCUAGUUUUUUGCCCCCUGCGGGUUCGAAUCACAGGUUUGGUUUAGCUAGUCCUGGACAAAAAGGCGGUUUGCGAUUAUCUGCAUCACUCCAAGAUUUCUCAACCUUCUGCAUGCUUGAUCCAGAAGAAGGUGAUCUUGACCUUGGAAUAGAUAGUUUGACGCAUGCAAAACCACCUCGUGCUCUACAAAGAGAAACUUUUGGAUCAAGUUUCUCAAAGGAAAAGACCUUGCCUGCAACCUCAUUUGCACGGAAGAAAUGGGUGCGAGCAGCUACAUGCCUUCUGUGCCUUCUCUUGUUCUUUUUUCUGAUAUAUGCAUUUUCUAGACAUUUUAGUACUAGACCGUCACAAUUCUAUGUUAUACUUGAUUGUGGAAGUACCAGCACACGGAUUUAUGUUUACGAGUGGUCCAUUGGUCAUAAAACGGACCAUGAGAAUCUCCCCAUUUUCUUGAAAUCAUUACCCGAAAGUAUUCAAAGAAAAUCCAGUUCACGAAGUGGUCGUGCCUACCAACGCAUGGAAACUGAGCCUGGGCUUGAUAAACUUGUGUGGGACAUGUCUGGCUUAACUACGGCAAUGAACCCACUUCUUGAGUGGGCUGAGAAACAAAUACCUAAGCAUGCUCAUAAGACCACUCCACUCUUCCUUUACGCUACAGCUGGAGUUCGUAGGCUGCCACCUGAUGAUUCGAAAGAGCUUCUUGACAAGGCAUGGUCCAUUCUGAGGAACUCAUCGUUCUUGUGUCAGAAGGAUUGGAUUAAGAUCAUCACUGGCAUGGAAGAAGCUUAUUAUGGAUGGAUAGCUCUUAAUUAUCACAUGGGUACGUUGGGUUCAUCACCGACAAAAGAAACAUUUGGUGCACUCGAUUUGGGUGGUUCAUCGCUGCAAGUUACUUUUGAGACUGAGGAAGUCGUGCAUGAUGAGAGUAGCUUAAACCUAAGUAUUGGAGCGGUUAAGCAUCAUCUCAGUGCUUAUUCUCUUCCAGGCUAUGGGUUGAAUGAUGCAUUUGAUAAGACCGUGGUUCAUCUUCUCAAGAAACUAUCCGAAACUACGAAAGUCGAUCUAAACAAAGGCAAAAUAGAGCUUAAGCAUCCAUGUUUGCAAACUGGUUACAAAGAGCAGUACAUCUGUUCUCAGUGUGUAGAACUAAACCAAGAAGGAAGCCCUCUGAUGGAAGGUAGAAGUACAGGAAACGGGAAAACUGGGACAGCUAUUGAGUUGGUCGGUGCCCCUCAAUGGGAUGAAUGCAGCGCACUUGCAAAAAUAACAGUCAAUUUGUCUGAAUGGUCACAUUUGAGUUCUGCACUUGAUUGCGAACUCCAACCUUGUGCGCUUAAAGAGAAUUUGCCUCAGCCAAGUGGACAGUUUUAUGCCAUGUCAGGUUUCUUUGUGGUGUUUAAGUUCUUUAACUUGACGUCCGAUGCUAUGCUAGAGGAUGUAUUGCAAAAGGGUCAGGAAUUUUGUGAAAGUACAUGGGAAGUAGCGAAGAAUAGUGUUGUUCCGCAGCCUUUUAUAGAACAGUAUUGCUUCAGGGCACCAUAUAUUGUAUCGUUAUUGAGACAAGGCUUGCACAUUACAGAUAAACAAGUGGUUAUUGGAUCUGGUAGUAUUACUUGGACACUUGGGGUUGCUUUAUUAGAAGCCGGUCGAGCAUUGCCAAGCAGGAUGGAGCUUAACAGCUAUAGAUUACUGUAUAUGAAGCUGAACCCUGCAAUUCUCAUUGCUUUGCUACUAUUGUCGCUGAUGCUUCUGAUUUGUGCUUUUUUGUGGAUUGGCAAUUGUGUGCCAAGAUUCUUCCGUGGUCCGCACCUCCCACUUUUCAGACAGAGAAAUGGAGGCAAUACGUCUGUUCCAUCUCCUUUCCGCUUCCAGCGCUGGAGUCCUAUCAGUUCAGGCGAUGGAAGAGUAAAGUUGCCGCUGAGUCCAAAAAUUGCAGGCUCUGAGCAGCGACCAUUUGGUAUGGGACAUGGGUUGGGCGCCGGCAGCAUUCAGCUUAUGGAAUCUAACUUGUACCCAAGCGUUUCACACAGUUAUUCUUCUGGUAGCUUGGGGCAGAUGCAGUUUGAGAAUGGGGUGGGAUCUUUCUGGACUCAGCAUAGAGGUCAGAUGCGGCUACAAAGCAGGAGAUCACAAUCGAGGGAAGACCUCAGUUCGUCAUUGGCUGAGACUCACAUGGGGAAGGCAUAGCAUACGUGCAUCCUGAAAAUUACUUUUCUGUACUUAGCCUCCUGAAAUUGUCUAGUGCCUAAACACUAUCAUAGAGGACUCGAUUAUCCAGGAGAAACGAGCAUGAAGGGAAACACGAUUUUGUUCGGAUUGCGUACUCUAAUGAUGCAACAACCCCAGGUUCAUUGAUUUUGUCUGAUGUUCGAUUCCCUUUGUAAAAGGUAGUGCAGUGGCAAUGACAGGCCUAAGCGAGAAUUUUAGCACAGCAAUGUUGCAGAAUUUUCUAUUCUUUGGUAACAGAUCUUUCAUGCUCUUAUACCAAGGUUGGAUUUUAAAAGGAGUAAAGCUAUGGAGAUUCACUCUCUCACCGCAACAUGUGUAGCCGGCAAUGCUUUCCAUUAAAGUAACCGAUAAUUAUCUGCGGGAUUGUUUAUUAUGAGAAAUAUUUUGAUACUCUGUGAAAGUGUGAUGGUUGAUAUAUAGGCACAAUGGCAUUGUACACAUAUCAUGUAAUAAACUGAAACUAAACUGCCCAAAUGGUGGGCCCCACUUUAAAUGGAUCAUAAAUCAAAGAGAAAACUAAGUUGAUUACUUAA